AUGUCGGACACGGCCCUCCAAAGCGACGUUCUGAUGGGCCCUAGCGCGGCGGCGCUGUCUUGGUUGGGUCUCUGGAGGCCCACUGGUGGCCGCGAGCCGGGCUUCCGGCUGCUGGGUGCCGCAUUCGUCACCGCCGUCAACAUCGCCAUAAGCUUCAACUCGGGCGUGCAGAUGCUCGUCGACACACCGGAGGACCCUGCAGCCUUCCGCGAGGUCUUCUUCCUCUGCUCCUGCUGCUUCUCUUGGACCGUUAGGGUGGUGACGUUCAUGCUGCACCGGAAGCGACUGCAGCGGAUGGUCCUGAGUCUGCUGGACGCCAGGGAGCGGUUUCCCGACAACGGAGCAGGCGUCCGCGAGAAGUACAGCAGGACCGCCGACAGAGUGUGGAAACUCUGGCUGGGGGUGACGGUGACGGUGGUGCUGUGGAUGGCAGACCCACUCAUACAGAACCUCACGUCGCCACCAGCCGAGAACGGCACCAGGCCGCUCAUCUUCUGGAUUCCCGUCGACGUGCAACAAUCGCCCGCCUACGAAAUCACGUACGCCAUCCAGGCUGUUGGCAUAGCAGCUAUCGGACAGACGAGCAUCUUGAUGGACAUAUUCUUCGUCGUUCUCUUAAUCCACGCAGCAUCCGAACUAGCUGUUCUGAACGAGAAUAUCGAAGUAAUGGGGCUUUCGAAGCUGCGUGGGCGGGCAAAUAAAGCAGAGCGAGACAUGAGUGUAGAGCCUCUGGAAAACUGCGCUGAUGAACUGCACAGGUCACAAACAAACUAUGUGUUCAGAGGAUAUUUAGUUGCAUCAGAGGUCGAUCCAGACAGUCACGGGGAUCUGUUCUUUCUGAACAGAGACCACAAAGGCUGGAAACUGUACACCUCUUUAGUGAACAACAUACGACAUCAUCAACUUAUUAUAGCGUACGUCAAAGAUCUGGAAGUGGUGACGAGCACGUCGCUUUACCUCCUGCUGCUUGCGAAUGCGCUGAAUGUUUGUUUGCAUUCUUUUGGAUUCGUAGUGGCGGAGCGGCUGCAGUUUUCUGGCUUCAGCUGUGACUGGCCGCAGGCAGACGAGACGUUUCGGAGGUCGCUGCGCAUCUUCAUGCUGGAGGCGGCGCGACCGCUCAGCGUCAGGGUCGGGAAGCUCGUCACGCUCUCCAGGAACUCAUUCCUGCAGGCACUAAAUGCUUCGUACACGAUAUUCAGCAUGCUAUUUAAUCUAGAGAAACGAAAGUAA